ACUUGAGCGACAGGAAGGAAACGGGGUGGUUUAUUUCGGUCUCGAGAUUGCUCGUCGGGGCAAGACUUGCUUCUUCCGCGCACCGAGAGCAGCCCCUCCGUGAACAAUGGGGUCGCGGGGCCCUUCCCGGCAGGAAAACGGCUGGGUUCCAGUGAAAUCCGCCUCUCGGUGCUGAGUCAGCAGGUCCCGGUAGGCCAGAGCACGGUGCGGAGGGUGCUGGGGUAACCGGUGCCGAGCGGGAGCCACCGGUGCCGGGAGGAGAGAUGGACACCUUCAGCACCAAGAACCUGGCCCUGCAGGCCCAGAAGAAGCUCUUGAGCAAGAUGGCUACCAAAACCAUAGCCAACGUCUUCAUUGAUGACACCAGCAGCGAGAUCUUGGAUGAGCUCUACCGGGCCACCAAGGAGUACACCCACAACCGCAAAGAGGCCCAGAAGAUCAUCAAAAACCUCAUCAAGAUUGUCAUGAAGUUGGGCGUGCUCUACCGCAACGGGCAGUUCAGCCCUGAGGAGCUGCUGGUGAUGGAGCGGUUCCGCAAGAAGGUGCAUACCUUGGCCAUGACGGCCGUCAGCUUCCACCAGAUAGACUUCACCUUCGACCGCAGGGUUAUGUCGGGCGUGCUGACAGAGUGCCGGGACCUGCUGCACCAGGCUGUCAACGGCCACCUGACGGCCAAAUCCCACUCCCGCAUCAACCACGUCUUCAACCACUUUGCGGACUAUGAGUUCCUCUCGGCUCUCUACGGGCCAUCCGAGCCCUACCGCACCCACCUGAAGAGGAUCUGUGAGGGGGUUAACAAGAUGCUGGAGGAGGACAACAUCUGAAGUUGGCCAAGGUGGGCCAUUGGCAGCAACUGCCGGACUCUGCCUCCUGUGAGACCGAAGACAGCACAUACGCCUGUUUGGACCAUCACCAGGCUCGAUGUCCUCUUCUCUGUAAUGCUAACUCACUUUCUCCUCAUUUCUACAAAAGACUGAACCUUUUGACUUUGUCUAAGCCUUGCCCAGGGUCUGCAAACCCCUCCCUGUGCUGGGCCGAGUCCUUUCCAGGUGAUCCUGGUCUUCUGGGCUCCUGCUGUACAGUUUGAUUUUCUUUUGCCCACCAAGUGUCCUUAGCUCAGAGUCCAAGGGACUGGACUCCUCACCUUGGACUCUGUCAUCACCCUCCUGGGGGAAAACCAAACCAAAGACUCGCGGUGUCUAACACCUCUAAGGUGUUUAUGAGUGGGUGGGCAGUUGCUUGGAUGAGCGGUUGUGAGACCCUGUUACUGGAGGGUUGUGGGGCUUCGUGGUUGUCUUUCAGUAGCUCCAUGACAUGGUGGGAACAAAUCAUGGUCCAGGCUUGUGCUGCCCGGGGUAGGAAGGUGCUUCUCCACCUUGCAGGCUAGAACGGGCUUUGGCCUCCAAAAAGACAAGUCCUUGACACCAGAAGGAUCCCACCUUGCCUGGGCGAGGGGCUGUCCCUUGGAGCAGGGAGGGAGCUGGAGGGACACCCGUUCAUCCAAGACCCAACUCUUCCCCACCAGCCUCCCGCAAUGGUCCCACUGCGAUGGCUGCGACCCCUUCCUGGGUGGUCGUCCCAAGCUCUCCCUGGGAUUCCAUGUGUUUGAUGUGUCCUUGACUGAGUUGUGGUUGUCAUUUUUUAAGCAAACUCUGUAGCCCUGAUGAGUUAUUUAAAUAAACUCACCUGUUUGGCCCGGUUUGUUACAAAAGUGGGUGACAGCGAUAAAA